AUGUCUAGGAGUUGGGUUGGAAGUUCAAGGGAUGCAUCUUUCAGGUUGUCUUCACAAUAUAGACUUGAGGUCGACAAAUUCAUAGAAUAUGCAUUUUCUAGUGCAUCGAUAGGGGAUCAGAUCUUAUGCCCAUGUGUAAAGUGUGUAAAUCAACUGUGGACGAAUAGAAAUGAAGUGUUAGAACAUUUGAUUUGUGAUGGAAUUUUAUGGAAUUAUACAAAAUGGAUUUUCCAUGGGGAAGGUACAUCAUCACAAUCACAUCACCAUGUUAACUCUAUAGUACAAGGUGAAAGUGAAACAAAUGAUGUUACACACACCAUAUUAGAUGAGCUGCGGGGAAGAAAUACAAAUGAAGAAGUUGAAGAUUGUGAUAUAAAUGAUCGUACCGAUGGGGCAAGUAUAGAGGCAGAUAAAUUUGAGCGAUUGAUUGAAGACGCAGGAAAGGAGUUGUAUCCAGGGUGUGUAAAAUUUACAAGAUUGUCCUUCAUUCUUCGUCUUUAUCAUAUAAAGUGCCUCUGUAAAAUGACCGACAAAGCAUUAUCAAUGCUUUUAGACUUAUUACAAGAGGCACUUCCUGAGCCAAAUACGUUGCCAAAGAAUAUAUACGAAACAAAAAAAAUUAUCAAGGAUUUGGGGCUCAAUUAUAACAAGAUUGAUGUUUGCCGAAAUGAUUGUAUGUUAUAUUGGAAGGAAGCAGACAAAGCCACGUCUUGUUACAAAUGUGGCACAUCAAGAUAUGAAUCUGAGAACAAGAAAAUCCCGGCUAAGACAUUACGGCAUUUUCCUUUGAUCCCAAGAUUGCAAAGGUUGUACAUGUCAUCUAAAACCUCAUUAAAUAUGAGAUGGCAUCACGAUGAUCGUAUAGAUGACCAAAGGCUACGACACCCAGCUGACGGGCAAGCAUGGAAGGCAUUGGAUAAACUGUAUCCCACUUUUAGUAAGGAGCCUCGUAAUAUUAGACUUGGGUUAGCAAGUGAUGGAUUCAACCCAUUUAAGUUGAUGAGCUCAAAGCAUAGCACAUGGCCUGUAUUGGUGAUGCCUUACAAUUUGCCACCAUGGAUGUGUAUGAAAUCCGACUUCAUUUUUCUUACUUUGCUUAUUCCUGGACCUCAACAGCCUGGGAAUGAUAUAGAUAUAUAUUUGCAGCCAUUGAUAGAAGAGUUGAAAGAAUUAUGGUACAAUGGAGUUGAGACUUAUGAUGCAUAUAAGAAGGAGAAAUUUGUGCUAAAAGCAUGCUUGUUAUGGACCAUUAACGAUUUUCCAACUUAUGCAGUCCUCUCCGGUUGGAGUACUAAAGGCGCUUUAGCUUGUCCAUGUUGUAACUGUGAGACUUCUUCUCGUUGGCUGAAGUAUGGUAGGAAACACUGUUAUUUAGGCCAUCGUCGAUUCCUUCCCCAAGAUCAUAGAUUUCGACGUGAUAAAAGGAAUUUCGAUGGCCAUGAGGAAUAUGGACUCCAGCCAAAGCCAUUAUCGGGGAACAACAUAUUGGAACAGUUGCAAGGUGUUCAAUUUCCCCCAUUUGAAAAAGAAAAUGAUGAAAUAGAAAAUAAUAAAAAGAAUGGGAAGAAGAGGCGAAGGCGGUUAAAACAACCAAAGCUUCCACAUAACUGGAAGAAGAAGAGUAUAUUAUUUGACUUGCCAUAUUGGAAAGAUAAUCUAAUUCGUCACAAUUUAGACGUGAUGCAUAUUGAGAAGAAUGUUUGUGAAAGUAUCCUUUAUACGUUGUUGGAUCUAAAAGAAAAAUCAAAGGAUAAUGGAAAUACGACCAGAUCUUCAACCAAAGGUCAUUGA